AUGGUUUCAAGACAACCAGAAGUGCCUGCUCUUGAGCCUAGUGGGCCUCUAGGCAAGAUGUCCCUGCCCAUCGGGAUGUACCGCUGGGCAUUCAGCUAUGAUGAUGCCCUCGAGGACCCUAAGCCCAUGACUCCUCCAACAUCGGACAUGGGCAGCAUCCCCUGGAAGCCAGUGAUUCCAGAGCGCAAGUAUCAGCACCUCACCAAGGUGGAGGAGGGAGAGCCCGGUGUCUCCCCAUGUGCCCCGGCCCUGCCGUCGGCCAGCAACAGUGAGAAGGCCCCUGUGGUGAAGGCCAAAGCUACCCACGUCAUCAUGAGCUCUUUGAUCACAAAACAGACCCAGGAGAGCAUUCAGCGUUUUGAGCAACAGGCAGGGCUGCGAGAUGCUGGCUACACCCCUCACAAGGGCCUCACCACUGAGGAGACCAAGUACCUUCGAGUGGCAGAAACACUCCACAAACUAAAGCUCCAGAGUGGAGAGACAGCAAGAGAGGAGAGGCAGCCAGCCUCCACGCAGUCCACCCCGAGCAGCAGUCCCCAGGCCUCUCCUAAGCAGAAGACCAGAGGCUGGUUCACUUCUGGUUCUUCCACAGCCUUACCUGGCCCCAGUCUUAGCACCAUGGAUUCUGGAAGCGGGGAUAAAGACAGAAGCUCGACUGAUAAAUGGAGCCUCUUUGGAUCAAGAUCACUCCAGAAGUCUGAGUCAGGAGGCUUUGCCAUCCAAGCCUACCGAGGAGCUCAGAAGCCUUCUCCAAUGGAAGUGAUGCGCGCACAAGCCGCCCGAAGGGCGGAGGAGCCAGCAGCGUCCAAGCCGCCCAAGAUGGACAUCCCAGCGACGGAAGGGACGAGACAGCUGCCGCGGGCCCACAGCCUCAAGCCCCGUGACCUGAAUGUUCUCACACCCACUGGCUUUUAGAGCUUUCUGUCCCGGGGAUGCUGCAUCGAGGGUGUCGAGCCCAGCUCCCUUUACCGUGGCUCUGACGUAGGAAAAGUUUUGUCUUUGUGAAAAUCAAACUGAGGCUAGGUGGAGACAUAAUUGGUUUUUGCGAAACAUUAGUGCAAAGCUUGUCCUUGUGUGGAAAAGCCAUUUUUGUAUUGCUCUAGCUUUAGACUAAACAUGAGCAGUGAUGUA